AGGCAACCAGUCUGUCAUAGUCAGCGGAGGAAGACCGCUGCGUAUAGCGGAGCCCGCCCGGCCUGUGUGAACGUGAACGUUAAUCAAUGAAGCCGAGUCUCGCUUCAGUGUAGUGAUUGGCUUCGUAUAGGUGAGCAAACUCUCACUGCUAGCCACACAACGGAUUUAUUUCACGGUACAAAGUUGCGGCUGUGUUUCAUCAGUCAGUGGCAGCAACGUGUUCGACACAGACGUCAUCCGGAUGCUCUUUUAAGGAACUGGAGCCGCGGACUCGUUGGCUAAAUGCAACAAUGGCAUACAACAUGCAAGGAGGAAAUGGAACGGUAUCUUUGGAUUUUAUACACAGUAUUUCAGAUAAUGACACGAAUCCGGAUAGACAGUCAACGAACGUUUCCAAUCGUUUUUUGAAGCCAAGAGAAUUAUCAGAACUAGAACAAAUUCAGAACGAGCUCGACCUUGUGACAAUGCCAGCCGCCUUAUCAACAGGAAUAGUAACAAAUAUUCUUAUAGUAUGUACCUUCCUCAUCACUCCCGUGGGGCGCCAUCCAUUGAGCAUCUACCUAACCGCCGUUGGACUUGCUGACCUUACCUUUCUGUUAUGUUCCAUGAUCCUGUGGAUUUCAAGAAAUGUCUUUGAUAUAUACAACCACACCGGUAUGUGUCAGCUCACAACAUAUGCCUUAUUCUUGUCUACCUUUCUGGGAACCUGGUACCUAGUUUCUGCACAUCUGGAACGAUGUCUUUGGCAGUUUGGGCAACGUCGGAAGAAGAAGUGGUGCACGAAAUUCCGUUCUAAAUGUAUCAUUAUUACAAUUGCUAUCUUCUCAAUGGUAGCGUACCUGUAUGUACUGUGGACUCACAUCGUUAGGAGACUCAAUCGAAGGGUGUCCAUGUGUGCUCCUAUGUUAGAGAGUAUCAGAGAUCUUGAAAGACUACGGAAAGUGGAGAUAGUCUUUUCUGUGUUCAUCCCAAUGGUGCUUAUAGUCCUGAUGGACAUUAUUCUUCUGGUCAAGUGUGCAGCAAAUCUGUGUUUCGGUGAGAGCACAACUAAAACUACGUCCCGCUCGGUGAGAAUGUCAACAAGAGUAAGUGCCGCUCUCGUGUCCAAUGGUGUGGAUUUGUCUUCGGAAAGUUCAGCAGCAACUUUGGUGUGUGUCAUCUGUGGAAUAAUGUACGUGGGACUUCUAAUGCCUUCGGUGUACAUCCGAGCCAAGUUAAGUUUCACAAGUGUUCGGAGACCCAUUGACUUUCAGCUUAUGGGGCUGUUUGAAAACCUUGCCAAAUUCAAUGCUGUAUAUAAGUUCUUCUUGUAUGUGUUAUUUUUACGCAGUUUUCGCAAGGGUCUUGUGGCUCUUUUCACCUUAUGCUGUGUGUCCAGGAGACGCAGAACCAGCAAUGACCACGGACGUUCCUGUGGAUGUUGUAACAAGCAGAGUCCGGGCAGCCAAGCUACAGAUUUUGUGUAAUCUUCAAAUAUCUCCUUCUAUUUAUCAGGUGAGACAGGAUAUGCUCAAAGAGACUAGCAGGUACUUUUCAUCCUUCAUUAUAUUAUAGGGAACCCGAUACACUUUAAUCACUUCGUAUUUACAGAAUGACCUUUCAGCGUACCUGGUAAUUUGAUUGUAUAUAGUCUCCGCUAAAGCCGACCAUGAAAUAAAUUAAUUGCCUUCGUGA